GCACGUACAGUUGACGGGAAAUUAAAAGGAGAUAAGUAUUGCCACCCAAUUCCAGAGACAGAAAAAGAGAAAGAGAGAGAGAGAGAGAGAGAGAGAGAGAGAGAGAGAGAGAGAGAGAGAGAGAGAGAGAGAAACAAAAAAACAGACAACGCCUGCUACCAGUCACAGCAGAAUACACAUGCAGCUGAAAAGCUCUCUUAACGGGGUGGAUUGUUUCUGAGCGUGAAUUGACAGGGCACAAUGUCACGACGGGACCAGAGGUUUCGGAGAGGAAUGAAAGGACGGUGCUGUGAAUGUGGCUGCAUCCUGUCUCACUGGUACUAUGAAAGAGAAGCACAGCUCUACUGUAAGAAGCACUACUGGGGCCGCUAUGGAGAGCACUGCCACGGCUGCAAAGAGACCAUCGCAACAGGACUCAUUAUGGUGGCUGGAGAGCAGAAGUACCACCCGGAAUGCUUCACUUGUAUCAGCUGUGAAAUGUUCAUUGGAGAUGGAGACAACUACACGCUUGUCGAACACACAAAACUCUACUGUGGCCACUGUUUCUGUCAGGGUGUAGUAUCGGCUGUGAGGUCAGCUUCUCCACUCACCAAGAGUUCCCACACGGUGGCGCUGGUGUCUCUCCCUCCCCAUGCAGGAGGCCGACGAGGCCUGACUGUAGCCACUGACCUCAGCCAAGAGAAAGGCCCUCUUGUCACCGUGACAGGGUUAGACUCAGCUGCCCACAGCCCUGACCUGCUGUCCUCUGUCCACACUGGAGACCGAGUUCUGGAGGUCAACGGCAUCCCUGUCCAUAACAUUUCCCCAGACGAGAUAAACUGUGUGAUCCAGGACACAAACAAACCACUGCAGCUGACCAUCGAACACAACCCGCAGUCUCCUGAUGACCACCUUCGCUCAAACAAUCCCGAGGACAACAUCAGCUGUCCCGACCCGUGUGUCCACGAGAAACUUUCUUCGACCCAUAAACUCCCGAGUCUGGAGGAAGAGCCAUGUGCAGUGGAGGAGACAGAUGAACCAAUCCGGAUGAGCCUCUCACCGCCUCAGCACCAAGGAAUCAUGGGAAUGCGAUCCAGACACAUUCUGCGCAGCUGUAGUAUAGAUAAGUGUCCUCUGUCCCCUGGAGCACUGUCGCUUUUAUCUCAUAGGAGAGACAUGGUUCGCUCAGAGUCUCUCCGUGUGGACCCUGGAGAACGGACCCAUCGCAUCUUCAGACCUUCAGACCUCAUCCAUGGAGAAGUGCUUGGCAGGGGCUUCUUUGGACAGGCUGUCAAGGUAACACAUCAGGUGACUGGGGAGGUGAUGGUGAUGAAAGAGUUGAUACGGUUUGAUGAAGAGACACAGAAGACUUUCUUAAAGGAAGUGAAGGUGAUGCGCUGUAUGGACCAUCCCAAUGUCCUAAAGUUCAUUGGACUGUUUUAUAAAGACAAACGAAUAAACUUUGUAUCUGAAUACAUCCAGGGAGGAACUCUCCGAGAGACCAUCAUAAAAAUGGACAAGGAUUUCCCCUGGGAUAUAAGAGUGGGUUAUGCCAAAGACAUUGCAGCUGGAAUGGCCUAUCUUCACUCCAUGAAUGUUAUCCACCGAGAUCUAAACUCACACAACUGCCUGGUCAGAGAGGACCAGUCUGUGGUGGUGGCAGAUUUUGGACUAGCCAGGCUGGUGAGGGAGGAGAGAAAUCAGAGCAAAACAUCUUCUCUGGAACGGCCUGCGAAGGGGAAACUGUCAGAGCUCCGCAGGCCUGACCGGAGGAAGCGCUACACCGUGGUAGGAAACCCCUACUGGAUGGCCCCUGAGAUGAUCCGUGGGAAAAGCUAUGACGAACGGGUGGACAUCUUUUCUUUUGGUAUCAUGAUAUGUGAGAUAAUAGGUAGAGUGAAUGCUGACCCUGACUUCCUCCCCCGGUCGAAUGACUUUGGGCUAAACGUACCCAGUUUCCUGCAGCAGUACCACCCUCCACAGUGCCCCCCGACCUUCGUGCCGCUGGGUGUCCUCUGCUGUGACAUGGACGCUGAUAAACGCCCUUCCUUUUCAAAGCUGGAGGAGUGGCUGGAGAACCUGCUGAUGCACCUAGACAUCGGUCUGCCUCUGCUCUCUGAGUUAGAGCAGCUCCGCAGAGACUUCUGGCAGAAUCCCAACCACCAAAACUGCUCUUACAACCAGGAUAAACCCCCUGAUUCUCAUGAACAAACUUAGUGUUCACACACACAAAGACAGAGCCCCGACCCCAAGCGACUUUUGGACAAUGAAAAUAACCACAUGGAGCCUAAUCACCUCACUCAGAGCCCAAACCAAAAUAGCACACCUGAUAGCCAUUCGGACAGGAGAGCAUGACAACCAUGACAUGAGGACUGAGCAUGAACAAGAAGGGGAGGAAUUUAAGGAACACUCACAAGACAAGAGCCAGACGUGUUGCAGGUCUAAGAGCACAGUCUCAGGAGGGAAUGGGUCAGAAGUCUAUGAAUGUAAUAUCCCCUCAGGACAACCAGAAGUCCAGGACGAGCCCUCACAACAGCUGCAGGUCAACAACUCACCGGUCUAACAGGCCCAUAAGGACAUGCAGAGCGCUGUGGGACAAAUCUACAGAGGACAGCUCUUUACCCUUACAGGGCACAUCUACACAGUUGUGAGGGAUACAAAUAAUGUGUGCCUUUUCAAACAACUGGGAGAUGAGUGAAGUCAUAGGUUAUACAAAGAACCUGAAGAGACACACAAUCAGAUUUAUGUGAUAUUUUGCAUGAAAAGCUGUAAGAAAUGUGAAUGCCGCUUGAUGACCACUGCCUAGCACAUUACAAUGAACCAGUAUUCGUGUGAUUUCAACCACAGCCCCAGCGAUACUGGAUUGGAUAUCCAUAUUGACAUUUCAGAUGUCAGUAUUAUUUCAAUAACAGUAUAUUGGCUGGUAUUUAUGAAUUAACACAAGCACAUAACAGAGACAAAUAUUUUUGAUAAAGAUUCCUUAAAUUCCCCAGUUUGUCAGCGCCCUCUGGUGGACAGACUACGUAAUGGCGACACAGUUUCUAAAUUACCUCAAACAUCACAGGGUUCUCACAGCUUAAGGCAAGUUAGAUUCAACCCUUUUUAAUACUUUUUUAAAGCCAGUCAGCAUAAAAUUUGAGACCAACUUUUCAAGAAUCAACAUUUUAGAAAAAACAUCAUUGGUUGAGGCCCUCGAACAGUAAAACUAACGUCUCCCUUGUUAGCAUCCGCAACAGCUCAUCAAAGAUGAACGAGGCAAAUCCAAAUGUAUUAAUAUUAUUAUUAUUAUGAAUCCAAACUUGCUGAUGUAAGCAGUCUUGUCUGAACUGCAUGCAAACGUGGGCAAUUUCGGAGUCUGGGAACAUUCCACUGAAUAAGUCUCCUACUCCCUCAUUUGACUUGUAUGGUUGGUGUUUUGUCCCCCUGUUCAGACACCACAGUAUCUCUGCUUUCAGUAUAUUCGAGAUAUGUUCGGAAAACCAUUUAAAAAUAGAUCUUAUCAAUUAUUUUGAUAGAAUAACGUUUCAAAAAAAUCCCACUUCCCAUUUUUUGAAAGAUUGAUUCAAUUCCUUUUAAGGCCCUGCGGGAACCCUGUUAUCAGUCAACAUCUAUGAAGAUAUUAGUAUAUCUGUGGUAAGCCAAAAUUGGGUGCUAAUUUGUCGGUCGGGCUCCAGCGUCAACUUUGUCCACAAGCUGUGAAACACAUGGCACUUUAUACUUUAAGCUAGACUGCAUAGGUCAAUUAUUUAUCAGAAUGCCUUGUGUAUUUUCUUUUGAAAUGUUUCAGACCACAUCUAACAUACUGAGCUGGGUACAUAUAAAAGCACAACUGUAACUUAAUAAAAAUAAAUAUAAAUUCAUGUGACCUUGA